AUGCCGGCUCUGGCCAUGGAAAACCCCGGUGUGUCUGCCGUAGCCAGGUUCAGCUCAUUACUCGAUGAGUUGCUCGCUGAAGCAGCCAAAGCGAAGCCUACCCCAACGAUUGAACCGGCGUUGAAGAAAUCCAACCUGGACGAUAUAUCUGGGCGCAUCUCGGCCUCCAUCUCCAACGUUGGCGGUACGGCAAACUGUCAAGAGCCUUCAAAUCAGCAAUUUGCCAUCAUUGAAACGGCAGCCAGGGAUCUGUUCGAUAGCUUGAUUGCCACGAUCCCAAUCAAAUCACCCGACUUCGUCAAAAUGUGGAAUUUCUUGGAUAUUCUCUCGAUUCUCUCCGACGAUGGCCAAUGCGACCCCGCGCUGCUAUUCUGGCUCGUUGAAGAGCUGCUGGACAGCCAGACUAUUUUGGGAUGCCGCAUAGUCUUCGACUACCUCGAGUCUCGCCGCGAGCGCAUCACAGCAAAGCAUUUCAAACAGAAACACUUGGUCAUUCUGAGAAGCUGCAACGAACUCCUGCGCCGCCUCUCCAGAGCCGAAGACACGGCUUUCUGCGGCCGAGUCUUCAUCUUUCUAUUUCAGAGCUUUCCUCUCGGCGACCGAAGCUCCGUCAACCUUCGGGGCGAAUACCAUGUCGAAAACGUCACGACGUUUGAAUUCUCUGCUGCUAAAGGUGUGCAGCAGGGAGAGUCGAUGGAUAUCGAUGCGUCUGCCGAGAUUCCCAAGUCGUCCGCGGACACGAAAGGGGCCAAGGAGGUUACCUUUGAUUCCAAAGACUCACAACCGUCAUUCGAUCCCGAAGCUUUAUACCCCCUAUUUUGGUCUUUACAGGAGAGCUUCAGCCAGCCGCUGAGACUAUUCGACGCUCGUCAAUUUACGCAUUUCAAACGCAGCUUAGACGCCACAAUGAAGGCUUUCCAUGCUAUCCACCAGAGCGAAGGAUCUUCCAAGUCAUUGCUGGAAAGUUCGAGAAGGAAUUUGAAGCGAAAAAGAGAGGGAAGAGAAGGUUACGAUUUUGAGGAUGCUCCUCAGGCCUUCAAUCCCAAGUACUUGACAAGUAUGGAUCUAUUUGAACUUGAAAUAUGCGACCUCUCAUUCAGACGCCACGUCCUGGUCCAAGCCCUCAUCGUCAUGGACUUCCUACUCUCACUUUCCGCCGGAGCCAAGGAGAAGGCCGCCGGCAUGAAUGCUUCCAACAAAUCGGUCAUUUACAGCGACGAACUAAGCGAGGAGAACGCAAAAUGGGCAACCGAAAUGAAAUCCACCAUAUCAGACUACCUUAAGCGGGGCAUUGAUGGAGCUUACUUUUACAGGAUGGUUGAAACUGUGUUGACUCGGGACAAGAACUGGGUGUUUUGGAAAAUGGCAAGCUGCCCUCCGAUCCAGCGCGAUCCAGUAACCGCAUCGCUUUUCAACCAAGCACGAGCUUCAGCGCAGAAGUCAGCGACCAACAAACGCCUGCGCCCCACACCAAUCGGAUCGGUAUCGCUCGACUUUCUCAAUGGGGAAGAGGACGAGAUGAAUCUGGAUCAGCUAGAGUCGGCAGAGAGAUAUCAGCUGCCGGAACUCGGAAGCUUCCAGAGAAAAUUAGCCGAUGACGACUUUGAGAUUGAAAUGCCCGCGAGCGACCAGACCAAGGUCGCCGCAGUCGCCGGGAAAGCGAGCAAGAGCUGGAGGGCUCUGAGAAUAGCAGCGCGAUUGAGGCUGGCGGCAUUUGAUAAAAUCGAUGACCCGAAAAAAGUCAACGCCAUCUUCGAAGAGCCCGACGAGGAGGACCAGCAAGGCGAGGAAGCGGAGCAAGUCGCGCCAGAGGGCGACAUGCCCGAAGACCGAAGCGCCGUCGUCCUUUCCGGCCCCAGAGCGGCCGGCAAGUCGGCCCUCGUCAAGCAGUUACUCAAUCAGCACAAGGGCGUUUUUGCUCCGGUCGUGCGACACACCACUCGGAAACCGCUGGAUGGCGAAGUCAAGGGCAAGAGCUUCCACUUUGUCAGUGCGCAAGAGUUCAACCAGCUACGCGAUGGCGACCGCCUCAUUGAGCACGGGAUCCGCGACGACGGCACCGCGUACGGUACCAGCUGGAAAGCAGUCGACGCCGUCCUCGAUUCCGGCAGGGUGCCUAUCAUAGAGCUAGACAUGAAGGCGGCACGAUUUGCCAAGGACAUGGACUUCUCAGCGCGGUACAUCCUCGUCCAGCCACCCCCCUACGAAGCCCUUCAAGCCCGCCUCUCUGCUGCUGGUCUCGGUCGCGAAACCAUCCAGGGCCUCUUGGCCAUGUCCGUGGAAGAAACCGAGGAAAUCGACGACACGGGACUUUUCGACCACACCAUCGCCAACGACGAUGAUGAAGAAGCCGUCGCCCGGUCCUUAAGCGCGUACAUCUUCAGCAAAACACACGACACGACGUGA